AGACAUAUCAGAUGCAUUGACAACUGGUCCUCAACAAGUCAAACAAGUAAACAAAAAUAAUAGCAAGGCCCAUUCUAAGGGAUAAAAAUAAUAAAAGUUAGUUGCAAGCACUUUAACAAUUAAACCUUUAUAUUUAAUUUUUUUUCGUUAGUUCUAUCUGUCGCCAACAGCCGUUAAAACCGAGUAAAUCCACAACCGGUAGUGAAUUCGUGACGCGUUUUAUCAGUGAGAGGGGUGUAUCUGCUCUGCUGGACAUCUUCAAUUAACCUCAAUGGUGGUGUAAAUGAUUAGCUCCAAACAUAGAAUGGGCAAAGCCGAUAAAAUUAGCGACAACAUGCCAGGCCUGUCCCCCCAAACAGAGGCCAGCAAGCUGUUGGAACAGGCCCUCAUGCAAAUGGAUGGAAUCAUAUCAGGGUCUGGAUCAUUGACGCCCCAUUCUCCAGACUAUGGAUUUGGGUCGUGUCCUCCCAACGUAAGGGAAGCGGCCACCCAACUAGCAGCCGCUCUUCAGAACGCCACUUCUCCGACUCCUCCCGAUCCACAAGUUGCCAAAGUAUUGCUACAAUGGAUUAAUCAGCCUGCUCCCACGCCACCGACAAGGCGAAGGAAACCCCCAAUCUGCCAGACGACAACCCCUAAAGGCUGGGACGUGGUGAUUGAAAGGCCUCCUUGCAGCUCUAUGAAGGAGAGCAGGUUCAGUCUGGAUGCUCAGGAUGGAAGAGGGUGGAAUCAGACAAAUAAUUUUCAAGCAACAGCAAUUAAGCCUUCAGCUCCUCCUCACGAGCCUUGGGACCCUUUCUGGUGGAGCCCUACCGCUCUAGGAUUUGCCUCCUACUACAAUGCAGCCAGUUUACAACCUGGAUACCCUGCACUUCUUAGCCCUCGAGCUCAAUAUCAAUCCACGUGCAGCAUUUCCAGGCCGAUUUCUGCCACCGGAUUAGCUUCUUUUGGUGCCCAACAUGCAGAUUUUGGUUGUUCCAGUGCAGCUGUUGUUGGCAAGCCACCGAAAGCCCUCCAAAGAAAGAGUGGCGCAAUGGAAAAAAGCACAUUGCCUUUGGAUAAUGGGGUAAAUGCUACUUUCACUUCACCGGUUGCCAGUCAGCAAAUUCGCCGCUGUGACAAUUAUCGCAAAAAUUAGGGCAAUUUAAUAUUCGCAAAUAUUCGCUAAGCGCAGCCAACAAUGUUGCGCUUGGGGAAUAUUUAAAGCUGAUAGAGAGCCAAGAAUUCCGGAUGGAAGAAUUCCUGCCAUUGUCCGGAUUUCAUCCCAUAACUCGCAUAGGAUUCAAUUGCAACCAAUUUAAAUCAUGUUGUUUAUGAAAAAUCUUUUUAAUAAUACUGGGUCUGUUUUA